AUGCUGCACCGAAAUCCACUUCACGUAAGUGAUGUCAUGUCUCCCUUCCUUGCUCUCUCCCCUGCUGCGUUGUCUCCCUUCCCUCCUCUCUCCCCUGCUGCCAUGUCUCCCUUCCAUGCUCUCUCCCUUGCUGCCAUGUAUCCCUUCCCUGCUCUCUCCCCUGCUGCCAUGUCUCCCUUCCCUGCUCUCUCCCUUGCUGCGUUGUCUCCCUUCCCUGCUCUCUCCCCUGCUGCCAUGUCUCCCUUCCAUGCUCUCUCCCCUGCUGCGUUGUCUCCCUUCCCUGCUCUCUCCCCUGCUGCCAUGUCUCCCUUCCCUGCUCUCUCCCCUGCUGCCAUGUCUCCCUUCCCUGCUCUCUCCCCUGCUGCCAUGUCUCCCUUCCAUGCUCUCUCCCCUGCUGCCAUGUCUCCCUUCCCUGCUCUCUCCCCUGCUGCCAUGUCUCCCUUCCAUGCUCUCUCCCCUGCUGCCAUGUCUCCCUUCCCUGCUCUCUCCCCUGCAGCCAUGUCUCCCUUCCCUGCUCUCUCCCCUGCUGCCAUGUCUCCCUUCCAUGCUCUCUCCCCUGCUGCCAUGUCUCCCUUCCCUGCUCUCUACCCUGCUGCCAUGUCUCCCUUCCCUGCUCUCUCCCCUGCAGCCAUGUCUCCCUUCCCUGCUCUCUCCCCUGCUGCCAUGUCUCCCUUCCCUGCUCUCUCCCCUGCUGCCAUGUCUCCCUUCCCUGCUCUCUCCCCUGCUGCCAUGUCUCCCUUCCAUGCUCUCUCCCCUGCUGCCAUGUCUCCCUUCCCUUCUCUCUCCCCUGCUGCCAUGUCUCCCUUCCCUGCUCUCUCCCCUGCUGCCAUGUCUCCCUUCCCUGCUCUCUCCCCUGCAGCCAUGUCUCACUUCCCUGCUCUCUCCCCUGCUGCCAUGUCUCCCUUCCCUGCUCUCUCCCCUGCUGCCAUGUCUCCCUUCCAUGCUCUCUCCCCUGCUGCCAUGUCUCCCUUCCCUGCUCUCUCCCCUGCUGCCAUGUCUCCCUUCCCUGCUCUCUCCCCUGCUGCCAUGUCUCCCUUCCAUGCUCUCUCCCCUGCUGCCAUGUCUCCCUUCCCUUCUCUCUCCCCUGCUGCCAUGUCUCCCUUCCCUGCUCUCUCCCCUGCAGCCAUGUCUCCCUUCCCUGCUCUCUCCCCUGCUGCCAUGUCUCCCUUCCCUGCUCUCUCCCCUGCUGCCAUGUCUCCCUUCCCUGCUCUCUCCCCUGCUGCCAUGUCUCCCUUCCAUGCUCUCUCCCCUGCUGCCAUGUCUCCCUUCCCUUCUCUCUCCCCUGCUGCCAUGUCUCCCUUCCCUGCUCUCUCCCCUGCUGCCAUGUCUCCCUUCCAUGCUCUCUCCCCUGCUGCCAUGUCUCCCUUCCCUUCUCUCUCCCCUGCUGCCAUGUCUCCCUUCCCUGCUCUCUCCCCUGCUGCCAUGUCUCCCUUCCCUUCUCUCUACCCUGCUGCCAUGUCUCCCUUCCCUGCUCUCUCCCCUGCUGCCAUGUCUCCCUUCCAUGCUCUCUCCCCUGCUGCCAUGUCUCCCUUCCCUUCUCUCUCCCCUGCUGCCAUGUCUCCCUUCCCUGCUCUCUCCCCUGCUGCCAUGUCUCCCUUCCCUGCUCUCUCCCCUGCAGCCAUGUCUCCCUUCCCUGCUCUCUCCCGUGCUGCCAUGUCUCCCUUCCCUGCUCUCUCCCCUGCUGCCAUGUCUCCCUUCCAUGCUCUCUCCCCUGCUGCCAUGUCUCCCUUCCCUUCUCUCUCCCCUGCUGCCAUGUCUCCCUUCCCUGCUCUCUCCCCUGCUGCCAUGUCUCCCUUCCAUGCUCUCUCCCCUGCUGCCAUGUCUCCCUUCCCUUCUCUCUCCCCUGCUGCCAUGUCUCCCUUCCCUGCUCUCUCCCCUGCAGCCAUGUCUCCCUUCCCUGCUCUCUCCCCUGCUGCCAUGUCUCCCUUCCCUGCUCUCUACCCUGCUGCCAUGUCUCCCUUCCCUGCUCUCUACCCUGCUGCCAUGUCUCCCUUCCAUGCUCUCUCCCCUGCUGCCAUGUCUCCCUUCCCUUCUCUCUCCCCUGCUGCCAUGUCUCCCUUCCCUGCUCUCUCCCCUGCUGCCAUGUCUCCCUUCCAUGCUCUCUCCCCUGCUGCCAUGUCUCCCUUCCCUUCUCUCUCCCCUGCUGCCAUGUCUCCCUUCCCUGCUCUCUCCCCUGCUGCCAUGUCUCCCUUCCCUGCUCUCUCCCCUGCAGCCAUGUCUCCCUUCCCUGCUCUCUCCCCUGCAGCCAUGUCUCCCUUCCCUGCUCUCUCCCCUGCUGCCAUGUCUCCCUUCCCUGCUCUCUCCACUGCAGCCAUGUCUCCCUUCCUUGCUCUCUCCCCUGCUGCCAUGUCUCCCUUCCCUGCUCUCUCCCCUGCUGCCAUGUCUCCUUUCCCUGCUCUCUCCCCUGCUGCCAUGUCUCCCUUCCCUGCUCUCUCCCCUGCUGCCAUGUCUCCCUUCCCUGCUCUCUCCCCUGCAGCCAUGUCUCCCUUCCCUGCUCUCUCCCCUGCUGCCAUGUCUCCCUUCCCUGCUCACAUCCCUCACUUCCCUUCUUGCAUGCCUCAGGGUGUACUACUGAAGGAUGCGAAUGGUGUCGAGCACAAGGUGAUACCGCUGCUGCUCGGGUGGGCAGCUGACUACCCAGAAUCGGGCAAAUUGACAUGCACACUCUCCGGCAAGCGCUGCAUGAAGCCCUGCAGCAUUUGCUACGUGGAUAGGGACAACCUCUCAUCAGUCAACAUGGAACAUAUUGUACGCACUCCAGAACAGCAACAAUGGGUGUUGUCUCAGGCAGAGGGGGAAACAUUUGAUGAUGACAGCACUCUAUCGAAAAACUCAACGUUUGCCGUUGAGUGCGCACUGUGGCAAUGGGCUAUAAAUGGUCAUCCAUGGGCGAGCCCCUAUCUAGCAGUUAUGCCAGAUAUCAUGCAUAUGGCGGAUUUGGGGAUACUGGACCACAUUAUCAAGUGCAUUCGCACGGCAUUGCCAAGGGCGGUGAAGAAGCUUGAUAAGAGGCUGAAAAUUGUUCAAGAAGCCACCCGUAUCAACUCGAUGCGGUUCCCGGAGAAGGAAUACUUUGAAAGCAAUGCUACGGUCCCAGCAUUCCAACACAGGGCAGUCAUGCAGGUUUUAAUAUUCAUAGUGGCAGAUAUUUUGGAUGCACCACAACUCGAGGCGAUACGCGCGUACCUUGACUGGUAUAGCUGCUGUAGCAGCCACAUUCAUACCGAGGCCAGCCUACGAGAGCUACAGCGGAAAGCAGGCAGGUAUGCUAAUGCGCCCGCAAAGACCACUUGCACAAGGGUGACCUAG